GGUCUCAUUGCCAACACAUUAGCAUUGUCAUUUUCGUCUAAAGCAAAGGAUAUUAAGAAUAGUGUGAAAGUGGUGUAGUCCAGCAGCACAAGGCGCAGGAUGAGUAAAACUAUCGUAUUUUUAAGCGCCUUAUUGGCCCUGACGGCUAUUGUAAAUGCCGGCAGUUUGAGUCAGAAUGCACGCGCCGUCGACAAUACUUUGUAUAGCCGCUUUUUAUGCCGCAAAAAGGUGAAUGGUUUCAAGGCCAUAGUGCCAGGAAGUUGCUCUAGAUAUUAUCAGUGCUACAAUGGUGCAAGCGUUGAGUUGGAAUGUCCCAAUUAUUACGAUUCUGAGAAAAACACAUGUGUCGAUCAGAAUCCUGGAUGUAUUGAGGAUCGCGAAAUGUUUGCUGUUCCUAGACCAGCUGCUGCCAAUGCACCGUGCGCAGGAAAAGCUAGCGGCUAUGUUGUGGGCGAAAAUCAAGCGGAGUGGUACAAAUGCUGUGAUAAUAAUGUGGUUGCCUCGGGUGUAUGCCCAAGUGGGCAGGAAUAUAAUUUGGCACUACUGAAAUGUGAUAUUAAAUCGUCGUGUGGUGGAGAUAAUGAGCCAUGUACAACAACACCAGUGCCAUGUAGUACGACAACAACAACAUGCACAACUACAACCACAACAUGCUCAACAGCAACGACAACACCAGCCCCAACAACAACAACGACAUGCACCACAACACCAGCCCCCACAACAACAACAACACGCACAACAAUAACACGCACAACAACAACACGCACAACAACAACACGCACCACAACACCAGCCCCAACAACAACAACAACAUGCACCACAACACCAGCCCCCACAACAACAACAACACGCACAACAACACUAGCUACGACGACACCAACAACAUGCACAACUACACCAGCCACCACGAAAACAACAACAUGCACCACAACACCAGCCCCCACGACAACAACAACAUGCACAACUACAACCACAACAUGCUCAACAGCAACGACAACACCAGCCCCAACAACAACAACAUGCACCACAACACCAGCCCCCACAACAACAACAACACGCACAACAACACUAGCUACCACGACAACAACAACAUGCACAACUACACCAUCCACCACGAAAACAACAACAUGCACCACAACACCAGCCCCCACGACAACAACAACAUGCACAACUACAACCACAACAUGCUCAACAGCAACGACAACACCAGCCCCAACAACAACAACGACAUGCACCACAACACCAGCCCCCACAACAACAACAACACGCACAACAACAACACGCACAACAACAACACGCACCACAACACCAGCCACCACAACAACAACAACAUGCACCACCACAACACCAGCUCCCACAACAACAACAACACUAGCUACCACGACAACAACAACCUGCACAACAACAACACGCACCACACCACCAGCCACCACGACAACAACAACAUGCACCACCACAACACCAGCCCCCACAACAACAACAUGCACCACUACAACAACAACAUGCACCACUACAACAACACCAUGCUCAACAAUAACUACAACUACACCAAAACCAUGCACAACUACGCCAGAACCAUGCCCAACGACACCACCCCCAGUGUGUAGCUCCUCAGCAGAUGCAAGUGAUAUUAAAAUGCAAGCAUCUGUCGUAACGAUAAAACCAAAUGUUUUUGUGCGACCUGCUCGAGAACCAAUCAAUACUAUUUCUGUGUUACCACCGCAAUCGCAUGAAUCCAAUGUAGAUUUAUAUAUACGAUACGCUUGUCGGGGCAAAACGAAUGGUUUUAUGCUAGCCUCAUUAAGAAGUUGCAACGAAUACUACAUUUGUCGCAACGGUGACGCAUUGAGAGUUAGCUGUGGUGACAAAUAUUUCAACUCUUUGAAGGGUCAAUGUGAUUUACCAGAGAACACCGGUUGUAUCCAACCUUAUCAGCAGAAAUUCUGAAUUUCGGCAUUCUGACAUUACCCAGAAGGGGAAAUGUAAACGAAAACAACUAUGACGAUAGAAUCAAAAAAAGCAAAAACAAAAAAAAAAAAAUAAUGAUUGUAAAAAAUGCCCAUACUAAAUAUAUCUCGGUACGUAUGUAUGUACUCAUAUAGAUUAUAAAAUUAUUAAAUAUGUUUAUGAGCAAAUUAGACAUGUGAAUGUA